UUUGUGAUUUGUCAAUUUUUUAAUCAAUAAAAAGAAUACUUUAACAGUAGUAUUACCUAUAUUACCCUACAUAUUUACACAAUAUUUUCUCUCCAUGUUUAUUAAUUAAAGAACUUAUUAUUAUUUUGAUAAACAGAUAGGUGUCAAUUGUUAUUAUUGUAGGGUGCUGAUAAAACAUACACAAUGCCAUAAUGACGCCACUUAAAGAUAAUCAAGAUGUGGCAUCAUUUCUUGUUACCAAACAUACAACAUGGAAAGGAAAAUAUAAAAGAGUUUUCUCAAUUGGAACUCAUGGCAUUACAACAUACAAUCCAGAUUGUUUGGAAAUAACAAACAGGUGGUUGUAUGCAGAUAUUUUUGGUUUGGUGUCACCAAAGAAUAUUAACACAAACCAAAAUUAUGAUUUCACUCUUCUUAUGAGGAAAGAUAAGAAGAUGGAUUCCAUGAAGUUUUCUUCGGAAUAUAAAUCAUACAUUCUAACUGAAGCAUUUAAGUAUAGAAAUGUAUUUGCUGAAAAACCAAAAGAGAUUUUUAGAUUCCAAGCUUACAAACACCAUUGGAGUGGAACACGGCUUCCUAUAGUCUUAGAAGUGGGACCAUGCUCUCUAGAACAACUUGACCCGUCCACUCAUACUCUACUUGCCACCUAUCCGUACUGUGAUAUUCAAGGAAUCCUGCCAGUAAGAGAUGUGCCUGGAGGCUUUGUUUUAGCCGUGGGGGGUUACAGCCGGCUGCAUAUGUUUUCUAAUGCAAUGGAUCAUCAAGUAAUUAUAAACAAAAUGUUGGAAUGUGGAAGUCUUACUUUAAAUAUUAGCAUAAAGGUUUUGUCCACUACUAUUACUUUGGAUGAUUAUCACUAUCAAAGAUUUGGAAAAUAUAGUGGUGAUCAGCAUCAGACAUCACUAAGCGAGUUUAUGGUUCAUAAAGUGAACCCUGCGAGAUAUAUAGAGCCAAUGAGACGAACACUGUGUCUCUCAGAUACUUGCUUAUUGGAGAGAGAUCCUCAGACUUACUCUGUAGUGUGUUUGCGUCCCUUAUGUGACGUAUUUGCCAUUGUUCGAGAUCCAGAUCAUCCUCAAAAGUUCUCUAUUGAAUACCUAAAUGGACAAGUGCGCACAUAUCUAGCGGGUGAAAGGGAUGCGUUAUUGGCGUCUCUGGUAGACGGUGUACGCAGUGCGGGCCAACGGGACGUACACGUACGCAUGAGCGGCACGCCGCGAGCGUACCGCUUGGGGCCGCUGCACCAGCCGGUCGAUGAAGAGACGGAGUCCAACCAUCUCAGACUUUUCCAGAAUCCGGGCCGUAAAUCUAGAUCGGAGGUGAUUGAGAGAUUCAACGCAAACGUCGGCUACAGUGGACUUAUCUACUCCGUUAGCCAAGAUGCUCGUCCCCUGUUGUGGCUGUUUCUAACCUGGGAUCUAGUAAGUCCCUUCAUUUUGCUUUAUUACCACAUAUCAGUUCUGUCAUUGAGGCACAUUUCUAAGAUCCGAUAG